AUGAAACGCACAGCGGGCAUCAAUCGCAUACUUUUUAUAAUGCGCAUCUGCGGCACUUGGCCCUGGCCAGUGGCAGCUGGAGAGGAGUCAACUGUUUGGCACUUUAUAAGGUCAAAUUAUCGCUACUUGCUGCACAUGCCGUGCACGUUUCUGCUGGUGGCGCUCAUGUGGCUGGAGGUGUGCACAGCAAGCAGCUUGACUGAGGCAGGCGAAGCGCUUUAUAUAACAUUAACGGAAACUGCGCUAAUUGUUAAGUUACUCAAUAUAUGGCUUAGACGUAGCGAGGCUUUGAGGCUAAUGCAGCAGCUGCAGCAAGAUGAUUUGUUUGAGCUGCAAACGCCGGCGGAGCAGCGCUUUUGGCAGCGCGAACAAAAGGCAUUCAAAUGGCGUUUCUAUGUCUACAUAUGUUCGGGACUCAGUGUGCUCUAUUGCAGCUCGGUGGGCGUGCUGUUCACCAAGGAGUAUGUGCUGCCAUUUGCCUACUAUGUGCCGUUUGAAUGGCGCAAUGAGCAAGGCUAUUGGUAUGCGCUGGGCUACAAUUUCAUUGGCGUCUCCUUAACUUGCCUGUGCAACGGCACACUGGACACGCUGGGCUGCUACUUUCUGUUUCACAUCUCGCUGCUGUAUCGACUGUUGGGACAACGACUUAGGGCACUGCAGAGCUGCCAGCAUAGUGAGUUCGAAUUCACACAACAUUUGCGUGGCAUUUUCAAACUACAUCAAAGCGUACGCAGCUUAACUACGCAAUGCGAGUCGCUCGUAUCGCCCUAUGUGCUCUCGCAAAUUAUUCUCAGCGCUUUUAUCAUCUGCUUUACUGGCUAUCGCCUGCAGCAGCCGGGCACGCAUCUCAAUCCCGGACAAUACACAGCCAUGAUUCAAUUUCUUAGCGUCAUGAUACUGCAAAUAAUUCUCCCCUGUUACUAUGGCAACGAGGUCACCGUUCAUGCUCACAAGCUAACUAAUGAGGUCUACAAUACAAAUUGGUUGCAAUGCUCGCCCUCGAAUCGUAAAUUACUCAAUACCUACAUGGAGCAAUUGAAGCGGCCUGUCAAAAUUCGUGCUGGCUUCUUCUUUGAUGUGGGACUGCCUAUUUUCGUUAAGACUAUAAACAAUUCCUACAGUUUCUUUGCUCUACUGCUAAACGUAGCAAAAGUUAGAUUCGCAAUGGAUAAGAACAACAUUGUGGCUACGGAUCGCAUUGCGGGUAUAAGAACUCUACUGAAGGUGCAACAGUGGCUAGGCUUAUGGAAAUUCGGAAAUGACAGCGAAUGGAGCUUUCUGAAACGAGCUUAUCCAUAUCUGCUGCAUUUGCCUUUCACCUUUAUAUUUAUUGCUCUGAUGUGGGUCGAGCUACUUCGAUCCAAUGACUUGGAGCAAGCAGCCAAAGUGCUGUACAUAUGGCUGACCGAGCUGGUGCUGCUAGUGAAGAUUAUUAACAUCUGGUACAGACGCCAAGAAGCUUGGGAAUAUAUCAAUAAGCUCAGCCAGGAUAAGAUCUUUGCACUGCGUACUGCAGAGGAGCUGCUAAGCUGGCAGCAAGCACAUCGCGAAUUUCAACGUAUUUUUUAUACCUUUUUUGGCGGCUCACUAUUUGUUGCAAUAUCAGUCUAUGGAGGUGUGCUGCUGCAGGAGAACUAUGAGCUGCCCUUUGGCUAUUAUGUGCCUUUCGAAUGGCGUAAUCCGCAGCGUUAUUACUACGCCUGGGGCUACAAUGUGGCAGCGAUGUCGCUUAGCUGCGCCUCCAACUGCCUGCUGGAUGCCAUGGGCUGCUACUUUAUGCUGCAUAUAGCGCAGAUCUAUAAUUUACUCAAUCAGCGCUUGCUGCGUCUACAGCAGUCGACUGAGCAGCAGGCGCUGGCAGAGCUUAGACGCAUCUUUCGAUUGCAUAAGCAAGUGCGUAUUGCUGCCAAGCAAUGUGAGCAGCUGGUUUCGCCCUAUGUGCUGUCUCAAGUGGUGCUCAGUGCGUUUAUAAUCUGCUUUAGCGCUUACCGUUUGGUAAGCAUUGGCUGGCAGAAUCCUGGACUCUAUUUGGGCACGCUGCAAUUUAUGGGCGUAAUGAUCAUUGAAAUAUUUCUGCCCUGCUAUUAUGGCAAUCAGCUUAGCUAUAAUGCCAAUCAGUUAACAAACAGUGUGUUCAAUACUAAUUGGUUGCACUUUAGUGUGGCAACGCGCAAGUUGCUUAUAUGCUAUAUGGAAUAUUUAAAGCGUCCAGUUAGACUAAGAGCGGGCAACUUUUUUGAAAUUGGCAUGCCUAUAUUCGUUAAGACCAUCAACAAUGCGUACAGCGUUUUUGCUUUGCUGCUUAAUCUAUUUAAAUAG